AUGAAUGUGCCUCGCCUUCUGGACCUCUGUGUUCGUCGAGUCAUUUAUUAUAUUUUUGCAGACACCUUACCUCCCACAUCAUGUCAACUAAACCCAGAUUUGAGUAACCGAUUAUUCGAAGAGUACUGUGAGAAUUUUGAUGCAAAAGUAACGAGAAAGAUGAUGAAGGAUGUUUGCUCGAUACUCAAUGUAACUAAAAUGGACUUUACUAAUAGCGGUCCUAACAGAAAAGAACUUCUUUUAUUGCGAAAUAUGAAUUUGGUCUCUCUGGCUUUAGGAAGCUUGACUCAUUUGGGACCGAAUAAAACAGACUCCCACGAACCCUUAAAACUCGAUGCAAUGCUGAAGUUUUGUCUGAAUAAAACAACACUUCAACAGUUACAACACUUGGAUUUGAGUUUAACCGAUAUAAAAUACUUGGAUGGAUGGGUUGAAAGUAUCUCGAAACUUCUACCAUCACUUAUCAGCUUUUCUGUAAGUGGUCGACAAUUGUCCCUCCCAGAAUUCCGAGCGAUUUGCACCUAUUUCCCGAAUCUUCGUUCUCUUGACAUCUCCGAUACAGGACUAACAUCUCUCGAGGGGAUUUCAAACUUAACCAACAUUGAAAUAUUAGCUAUCGGUGGUUUGAGAGAUCUCACUUCGUCGGGUAUGAUCGAGAUUUUUGAACUGAAAAAGAUUCGAGUUUUGAGUUUGUCGAGUAAAAGAAUUUUUGGACACAUACGCCUGUUCAAAAGGUUUCUUCUCUGUGACAAAGUGUUACCAGAACUCAGAUCAAUCGAUUUAUCUGGAACCUCUGUUGAGUUCCAUUUGCUUGAAUCCUUGCUCAAAACUCAUCCGACUAUUGAACAAAUUGGAAUGCUUAGUACCCGUUAUAGUCAGCUCCCGGCGGCUUUUCACGAUGUCCAGAUUCUAUCAUGCCAAAAUUUGACUGCUUUAACCGAGUCAUUGAAACAUUAUUCAUCAUUGAAAGACUAUAGUUCAGUAAAUUACGUUUUGCAUCGGGCAGAAGAUCAGAAGGAGAUGUUUGAAAACUUGGAUAUUUGUCGAGAUCUUGUUGAAUCUUUGAACUUCUUCUAUAGAACAAAACAGUUCAAGAAAUAUCAAUUUGUACUGAAAUUUAUCAUUAAAAUGGUCGAGUAUCAUCCAGAGAACUUUGUGAAAGUUGGAGGAGUCAAUAUCUUUGUGAGACAUUUGAUAAGAUACAGUCAGGUGGAGAGCUUGAAAAUGUUGAAACUAUUGGCUUUAACCGGUAACUCGGAGUUCAUUAGAGAACUUUCAACACCGGAAAAUGUUCGAGGCUUUGUACACUACUUGCAGAAAUGCAAACCGAAACUGAACUACUUCACAAACGUCAAUUCUCUGAGUGAGAAAACAUUUCUAGUCUGCUGUAUUCUCAGUGUAAUCGUUUACUCUAUCGACGAGAAACGUUUCAACUCAAUGUAUUGGAAGAAUAUAGUGAAACUUCUCAAAGAGGUUCUCACUACUCUGGCAGAAGAACCACGUUAUCCAUGUGUUCAUCUUGAAGAAGUUUUCGAAACAUACUUUGAGAAAAGAACGAUGGAUGUGAAGCAGGGAGCAAUUCAGGAUAUCCAGUGUCAUAGAGAUGAGAAAGGGGCUUGUUUUUAUUGUUAA